GUUAAAUUUGACAACUGUCGAAUGUUUAUUGUCAGUUUUUAUUUAUUGUUUUUGUAUUUUCUAUUUAUCUCAUCGCAAAAUCAAAAUAGGUGUAUGUCACAUCUUCCUUUAUUAUAGUAUUUUAGCUAUUUAUUCUACUCAAAAAAUGCACUCAAUUUUCCUUUGAGACAUUUCGAGUGAUGAAAACAUAAAUAUUCAAAAUGGCAGGAAUGUCACCAUCAGAAAGGAGACUGCAGAAAGAGUUGAUGUCUUUGAUAAAAGAACCUCCCCCAGGAGUAUCUGUGGAUACUAACAUAGCUGAACAAAAUUUAUUGCACUGGGUUAUUCAUAUGGAAGGAGCAGCUGGAACACUAUAUGAAGGAGAAAGGUUUCAGCUUCAAUUCAAAUUCAGCAAUAAGUAUCCUUUUGAUUCACCAGAGGUAACUUUCAUAGGUAAUAACAUUCCAGUUCACCCGCAUGUGUAUAGUAAUGGACACAUUUGCUUAUCAAUUUUAACUGAUGAUUGGUCACCUGCAUUGUCAGUUCAAUCCGUUUGUCUUUCCAUCGUUUCUAUGCUCAGUAGCUGCAAAGAAAAGCAACGACCUCCCGAUAAUACUUUCUAUGUGAAAACUUGUAAUAAGAAUCCUAAGAAAACCAAGUGGUGGUAUCAUGAUGAUUCUGUUUGAAAGUUAGAAGGGAACACUUAAUUUCAAUGUGAUCAUAAUUAUUUAUACAUAGUUUAUGAUAGACUUGAAAUUAUAUUUUAUAUCACUGAAACUGCUACAUUUUGAAUGCAAUGUGUUAGUCCAAAAUAAUAAAUGUCUAUUUGUAUAGUGCCUAUCAUAUAUAAUAAUUAUGUUUUAUGUUAAUCUUAAAUAAUAAAAAUUAUAAGAUGUUA